AUGCGCCCAGGAAUCCAGCUACUCCGCUCUGGCCGGUCAAUUGAUGUGCGGCCCAAGGUCCUAGAGUUCUCCGCUCACCGAAUACCCUUGUGUCUUCGACUACAGCAAAGAAGAAACAUCACCUCAGACGAGAAACCUUUGCCUGAAUCAGAACAACCAAAAGGACCCAAUCAAGAUCAACUCCCGCACGUAAGCGAGGAGGCAGCAGCUACUGGUGAUAUUACUGGCGAAGGGGGACCAGAUGUGGAACAGGGCUCACCAGUACAAGAGAUCCUAAAACGCGAUCAAAAAAGCCAAGAGAAGGCACCCAAAGUGUUGCAGGAAGAACUCAAAGCGUCGUCACCUAAGGGAAGCAGAUCGUAUUCGACCUCAACUCCGCGGCGAGCUCAAGCCAUGAUCGACCCCGAGUCUGCAGAGGUCCAAAAUCAGGGUCACAUUUUCGGCUUACCAGAGCUGCCUUUGCCGAGCACUUCCCAUCUCAAGCAUCGCUAUGACCCGGUUAUCCAUCAGGUUACAAAUCUCCUUAUGCAAGACGGCAAGCUGAGUAAAGCUCAGAGGAACAUGGCUAUGAUACUCGAACGUCUACGAACGGCUCCCCCACCUACUCCAGACCCUCGACAUCCUCUAAUACCUGGCGCUCCUCCCACCAACCACCUUCCUCUCAACCCCAUACUCUACCUCACACUUGCUAUCGAUUCUGUGGCGCCUCUUCUCCGGAUAAGAUCACAAAAAGGCGCGGCAGGUGGUGGUGUAGCGUUGCAGAUACCGAUACCUCUAGGCUUACGGCAGCGGCGACGGACAGCUGUGAUGUGGAUUCUAGAUGCUGCAAUCAAGAAACGUACAAAAGGCAGCGGCAGAGCAAUGUUUGCUCACAAAAUUGCGGACGAAUUGAUUGCUAUAGUUGAAGGGAAGAGUAAUGUCUGGGAUAGAAGGGGUGGGGUUCACAAACUGGGUACUGCAGCUCGAGCCAACCUGUCCAAGGCUGUGAUUCUCCAAAGUCCUACACUCAAGGCUUCACUUUGCUCGCCACCAUCCCUCAACGUUGAUCCUCUGAGCGUCAUUGCGUCCAUCACGGGCAUCCUGGCAGUGGCAGCCAAGAUCACAGCGGCGGUGACAGAGUUUAUCGGAAAGGAAAGAGACGCACCGCACUCAAUGCGCAGCGUCCUCAUAGAGCUCUCAGACCUGACCUUCUGCCUUACUCAUCUUGGAAUGUUUGUUCGAGGGACGAAGGAUGCUCCCAGAGCUGCGUUGGGUGAGAAGCGAAGAAAAGAUCAACGGAAUCUAGGCUCGUGUCCGAGCCUCCAAGAGUUCUUUGAAAUUGAUACUGACAAUCUUUACUUUCACAUCUUUGAAAGAAACACGAGCUUUGGUGCGGAGCCUUACUACCGCUGUCGGCCGUAUCCUGGGGUGCAGCGAGGACGUGUCUCGAAGACUGGCCAGUAUGGAGACCGGCAUCACAGGAACAAAUCGAUGCACCGCUACGGCAACUCUGAUGUCGUCAGAGACCAGUGA